AUGUCAAAGGUUUGUUAUGUGUUUAUUCCUGAUGGUAAUGUGGUCAAAGGCCCCAUGCUUCUGAUACUCACAUCGUUGUCAAAGAAAACAACAUUGCCUUCUCAGAUAUCAUCCCAAAUGAAUACAAGGAUUCAGGUAUUGAAGACUUCGUCAAGUACGUCAAAAGCUUCCCUCUUUGCUAUGCAUUUUGUGAUUUCUCAGAGCCAUUCUACCCUAAGCAAGUAUGUGAGUUCUAUUAUUCUUGCACUGUCGACUCUAAUGCUCAAACCAAUACUAGAACCAUUGAAUAUGGGUAUUGUAGGGUUUUUAUUGAUGCAACAUCUUUUUGAAUUUCCUUAUGUCUUCCCCAAUCAGAAAUCAACCAUGAAACUCCUACUGAGGAAAAAUGUAGGUCUAUUCGAUCCAAUAGGGAACAAUUUCUCUAUUCAGGAAGAGGAUGAUGAAGGUAAUAAUGAAGAUGAACAGGAUUAUGCUCUUGAUGAAGAAGAUGAUGUUGAUGAUGAAGAUGAUGUUGAUAUAGGAGAAGCCUGCACUCAGGGAAUGACUAAUUCCCCCUCAAGAUUGAACCAACACAUUCUCUUUUCUUCAACCUCUUUUUCAUUAACUCCUUGUUCAGAAGAUAUAGCACAACACACAUCAUCCCCACCUCAAGUAGAAACCAUUGAUCCAUUAAUUUACAUUGUGAAAUCUCCAAGACCAGCAUCUCCUUCUCCUCAAACUAAAAUGUUCAUUACAAUGUCAACUCCUAUACAGCCUAUUGCUACUUUUCAGGAGGAGUCUAGCUUAAACUUUGAAAAAAAAUGGUUUAUUUAUUUGGAAUGUAUGCCACAUACUGGUCUUCCUUUAAGUGUCGUUUAUCCUGAUGCAUAUUCUGAGGAGGAGAUUCCUCAAGGAACUUAUAGUGAUAUUGAUUCUGAUGAGGAUAAGCUCAAUCCUAGAAAAAGAAAUGUUACCUUCUCACAAGGAGCAAAUGACGUUGAAGUUGGUAGUUCCUCAAUCGCUGGUAGUUCUUUAGCCCCUCCUCUUUUCAAGAAAUACAAGUUAACACUUGAUUUGGAAGAUUUAGCUGAAGACUAG